AUGAGCAGUCGAGAGAUGCUCGUUGACCCGAUCUUGGAGCCGUUCCUCAUGAAGUACGAGCAUUCGGUUGAUGAUUACAAGUAUGACAUGGAUUCCUCGUCGCCGACCACUUCGCUUCGGACGUCGUCGAAUUUGGAUGUCGGUGGCAGCGGCGGCGCCGGUGCAAACGGGCGCCUCAUUUGCGAUGUGUGCGGUGACGUGGCGUUCGGAAAACAUUACGGAAUUAACGCGUGCAAUGGAUGCAAGGGAUUCUUUAGAAGGAGCGUCUGGUCACGCCGUCAAUAUUCAUGUCGUUUCGGAGGCGAUUGUCCCGUCGUCAAAGAGCAUCGAAACGUGUGCCGCUCGUGUCGCCUCAAAAAAUGCUUCGAAGUCGGAAUGAAUCCGGAUUCUGUCCAAAACGAGCGCGAUCGAAAUGCGAAGAACGGAAUGCCGAAUGGCAACGGCAACAUGCCGACUUCCGGAGUACCGCACCACACGACGAACUCCAACGAUCUGGAUAUGAUGCACACUUUUGCAAUUCGUCGAAAACGCACGAAGCCUGAUGUAUGUGAGACCGAGGUGAAGCAGGAGCUACCUGAUGAUUAUGAGUGCGAGCCGCCACUCCACCAAACUACUCAUAUAGUCGGUGACGAGCUUCCAGCCGUCACCGACUAUAUGAGUAUUCCGGUGCAACUUCUCAAUAUCGAAACCGACGUGUUCUAUUAUAAUCCAGUGGAAUUGGACGAGACCGAAAUCAACAACAAAGAUCAGAUCAAUAUUCCAUUUGAGGUAGCCUUCCGCCGUCCGCUCCUCGUCUGCCCGCGCUACCCGAUGCGAUUCGUAAACGAGAGGGUCUUACAGCCGCAUCAUCUGAUUAACGGCUGGCGUCGCCAUUUCACCUACUACUCCGAUUGGUGUCACGCCAUGGAGGAGUUCAAACUUCUCUCAUUCGACGAUCAAAUUGUGCUAGCAAAAAAGAAAAUCAUACUUCACGGCUGGUUCGUUCACGCCUACUACUCAUAUAAGAACAAUACGAAUGGAAUCUGUUUUGCGAACGGGGCCGCCCAUUUGCCGGAAGGCGGACAUCCCGAUAUCCAAGAGUUCUACAAAGAAUGUAUGCCGAGAUACCUUAACUAUGUGAUCUCGCCGAUGCACACAUUCCAAAUGGACGACUAUGAGAUGGUGUUGAUCAAAUCAAUAAUGUUCUACUCGACAGAGUCCGGAUUGUCGCCGGAAGGCAAGAAUGUGGUGUCGUCGGCUCGCGAGAAGUACCUUCAGGCGUUGUACAACUAUGAGCGGCACGUGAAGACGACGACGAGUGCGGCGGCGACACUUCGCGUCGCCAAAUUCAUGAUCAUGCUUUCAGCGGUGACGAGUCUCACACAUUUAAUGAAUGAGAACGUCCAAAUGACAUCGCUAUUCAACAUCAUCGCGUUCGACGAGCUCAUUCAGGCCACCCACAAAACGAGUCCAGCUCAACUCUCACCGAAAGAGGACGAUGACGACGAAGCGUAA